AUGCUCUCCGGUCUCCGUCCGCUCACUUCUGGCUGCGACCACUUCACCGUCGAAUCUGCCGACGGCUUGCCCCUUGUCUGCACUGAUUUCGAGGUCAUGAGCGGCGAGGAUCGAGGCUCUGCCUACAGGUACGCCGCUGGUCGGCAAGCCGCCUACCCAGCGGAAGGCUAUGCACCAUACGACAGGGAAAGGGAAAGGGGCCUCAAGAGCUCCAUUCCGUCGCGGUCAUAUGACGCCGGCUAUCCUGAGCAGGGCUACGACCGCCGCUUGCCUGAACGGGUCCACCCCGCCUACACAUCCGGUCCAUCGUAUGGUGCUCCAACGCCUCCACUUCCACCACCCGACUAUCGUCGACCGCCUCAGCCUGCUUACCGUUACGAAGACGAGAUUCAUCACCAUCGUGCUCCAACGCAAGCGCACCCCGAGUACGCUCUAGAUCACCGUCGCCAGCCUGUGCACAGGGAUGCCUACAGAGAGCUCGACGAGCGGAGGUCAUUCGAACAAGCCCGGUCGGAUCCAUACGUCUCUGCCUCUCGCCACGCCUACCCAGACCCUUACCGGUCCGAGCAGUAUCACGAGCGCCGAAUCGGACCUGCCGCUUACGAAAGAUACAGCGUCAGAGAAGAUCCUCGAUCUGCACCAAGCGUUCGUCACGCCGACGAGCCGCACUUCCAACGAGACGAGUACGAUGCCUAUUCUCGCGAGAUUCAGCCUUCGUAUCGCCGCGGCGCUCCCAGAUCGCCGCAACUCUCGCCGCAGCCCGUUGCGAGCGCGCUGGAUCGCAGCAGGGAAUUCACGGCGCGCGAGUAUCCGGAGCCAUCCGAUCGCUACCCCGAGCCUGAAAGUCCACCGAAACCAUCCAUGUCCAUCUUCAACAUGCUCAACGAUCGAUCUGCCAACGGCGCCGCUGCAUCCUCUGUGCAUUCGAGUCCGGCAAAGUCGAGCGUGGCCGCCGAGCACGAUCUGCACCCGGCAGCGGCGCUUGACCCAAUCCACGCGUCUCGCGCCGCAUUCGACCAUCCUAGAGAGCCAUCGUACAGCGUGGCACGACCUCCACGAGCUCACUCCCCAAGCCGUGAGGCUCGAGCAUCCAGAAUCGACUUCUCCCCCGAUCCCGAGGACGAGGAAGCGAUGGCACAACGCACCGACAGGUCGAAUCGCCAGCAGUUCAGCCAAAAGUCGGUCAAACGUCCCGUUGAUGCAGACGACGAAUUACCUGUCCGAGUCAAGCGCGAAGAGCCUGCUUCGACUGCAUUGCAUGCAUCCACGGCUGUCGAGGUGUCGGCAAAGCCGAUACUUGAACAGCCUGCGACGGUUGCAGAUGAAGACCAUCCGGUCGCAGCCAAUGGCAAGGUCGACUCAGCUUCAUCGACCGCAAAGGUAACACCUGCCAAGACGCACCUCAAGCUACGCAACAAUCCCAUCCCGGCGUCCAAGGAUAAUGCCAGCUUUGUUGCGCCACCUCCCCCCGCUAAGAAGCACCGCGACCCUGACGGCUGGGAGAGCGAUCUGUCCAACGAGGAGAACCAGCCGCUCUGGCAGGCCGAGCUCGACGACUACAUCUUUGACAUGAGCGAGCGUCAGCGCCUUAUCGAAGAUGCUUUUGUCGCCACCUUGAACGAGAAGCAUGUCGAAGUCGAGCGGCGUCUUGCACGUGCCUACGAGAGCCGUCACUUUGCCAUGCUUCGACAGGUCCGCCUCCGAGAGCAGCAAGAAGCAUCAAAGAGGGAUAGGGAGCUUCGCCAGGAUCAUGUGCGUCAACAGCGCGACCACGAGAUCGAACUCGAGCUUCUUGGCACUCUCAGCGAUGGUCAACAGAACACGGCGGCAAGAAGGAGGAAGGCAGGCCGAGGUGGUGCCGGAGAUGAUGUCGACGAGCUUCUUCAGGGUGAUGACGACGACGACAGCGAUGAUGUUGCGCUCGCCGACAUGGCUGCUCGCAACGGCUCCCGGUCAAUCAUCAAGCUGAAGCGCAGCAAGGGUAAGCUUGGCGCCGCAGACCCUCGCAGCAAGAAGCGCCGUCUCGAGAACGGCUCAGGUCUUUCUCCUGCACCUGGCUCGGAAGUCGACUCGAUGCUCGCAGACUAUGGAGCCAACUUCGACGGCGACGACUCUGCCUUUGCUUCCCGACAGGCAUCUCCUACUCCAGACGAUGUCAGCUUUGCUCUCGACCUAGAUGCUGCUGGCAAAGUCCCGAUCGAUGCACGACGUGCACAGCAGCUCGAGGAUGCCCACCGACGCAUCUGGACUACCAUUGCCAAGCGCGAUGUGCCCAAGGUGUACAGGACCGUCCUUCAGAGCGCUUCAAGCAAAGCCAUGUACUGGCGCAGGCUGUCGAGCGUUGUUCAACGAGAAGCCAAACGAGGUGCGGCGCGAAACAACAAGACGGUCAAGGACGUUCAGCUUCGUGCGCGCAAGGUGAUGCGCGAGGUGCUCGUCUUCUGGAAGAGGAACGAAAAGGAAGAGCGUGAGCUGCGCAAGAAGGCCGAGAGGGAGGCCGUCGAAAAGGCCAAAAAGGAGGAAGAGAUGCGCGAGGCUAAGCGUCAGGCGCGCAAGCUCAAUUUCCUCAUCUCGCAGACCGAGCUCUACAGUCACUUCGUCGGCAGCAAGCUCAAGACCGCCGAAGCCGAGGAGUCGGAAGAGACGGCGGGAAGCAGCAAGAUCAUCGAUCCCAAUGCCCAGCCCUCCGACGCCACCGUCCCUCCCAUCAAUCCGCACUCCGCGGUGGCGGACGCCGAAGCCAGGCUCGCCGAGCUCGAUGACAUUGACUUUGACGACGAAGACGAGAGCAACCUGCGCGCCCAUGCCGCCCGCAAUGCGCAGGAGGCCGUGCGCCUCGCAAAAGAGAAGGCGCAGGCUUUCGAUGUUGCGGCGGCAGAAGAGCGAAAGCGCAACGAAGCUGCUGCACGGGAGCGCGAAGGCUUGGACGCCGGCCCGGGCAAACAGAUCGAGGAGAAGGAUCUCGGCAAGGCGUUCGAUUCCGACGACAUGAACUUCCUCAACCCGACCUCCAUGGGCCAGACCGAGAUCAAGCAGCCCAAGAUGCUCACCUGCCAACUCAAGGAGUACCAGCUCAAGGGUCUCAACUGGCUCGCCAACUUGUACGAGCAAGGCAUCAACGGUAUCCUUGCCGACGAGAUGGGUCUCGGUAAGACGGUGCAGUCCAUCUCGCUCAUGGCGUACCUGGCUGAAGUCCACGACAUCUGGGGUCCAUUCCUCGUCAUUGCACCUGCUUCGACGCUUCACAACUGGCAGCAGGAGAUCAGCAAGUUUGUGCCCACGCUCAAGGCGCUACCGUACUGGGGCAACGUCAAGGAUCGUGCUGUACUGCGGAAAUUUUGGAACCGCAAGCAGAUCUCGUACAACCGCGACGCGCCCUUCCACGUCCUCGUCACCAGCUACCAGCUCGUCGUCUCGGACGAAAAGUACUUUCAGCGCGUCAAGUGGCAGUACAUGAUCCUGGACGAGGCGCAAGCCAUCAAGUCGUCGAGCAGUAUCCGAUGGAAGACGUUGCUGGGCUUCAACUGCCGAAACCGCCUUCUCCUCACUGGUACACCCGUGCAGAACUCGAUGCAGGAGUUGUGGGCGCUGCUUCACUUCAUCAUGCCGUCGCUCUUUGACUCUCACGACGAGUUCAGCGAGUGGUUCUCCAAGGACAUUGAGAGUCACGCCGAGCAGAAGGGCACGCUCAACGAACAUCAGUUGCGACGUCUCCACAUGAUCCUCAAGCCGUUCAUGCUUCGUCGAAUUAAGAAGAACGUGCAGAACGAAUUGGGAGACAAGAUCGAGAUCGAUCUGUUCUGCGAUCUCAGCGCGCGGCAGAAGAUGCUGUAUCGUGGUCUGCGUGCCAACAUCUCAGUGGCUGAACUCAUGGACCGGGCCACCUCCAACGACGAGGCCGGUCUCAAGAGUCUUAUGAACCUUGUCAUGCAAUUCCGAAAGGUCUGCAACCACCCGGAGCUGUUCGAGCGAGCCGAUGUUCGAGCGCCCUUCGCCCUUGCCGACUUUGCUCGUUCGGGCUCAUUGGCGCGCGAAGGCGAUCUUCUCAACCUGCCCGACUCAACGACGUCGCUGAUCGAGAUGCAGGUGCCCAAGCUCCUCGUGAGGGAGGGUGGCAUCUUCGACAUCCCCGGUCACGAGAGCAGAAAAGGAUUCGACACGGGCUAUUUGCAGAACUUGUUCAAUAUCUGGCGCGCUCCGCACAUCCACGAGUCGCUACAGCACCAGCGCUCGCCGUUCGCAUCCUUGCCGCUGAUCGGCGUCUCGCCUGCAGAGGCACAGAAGGCUUUCCACAGCACGGGCAUCAAGAGGAUCUUGGCGGCUGCGGCGGAAGAGCGUCGCUGGCGCUCGAUCGAAGCGUUUGCCAGCGACGACGCCUUUGCUGCUGCAUCAAUCCGUCCGCUCGCCAAAAUGCUGCGUCCGAUGCCUUCUGUGUCUGGACGUGCGCCGUCGCUUCUGAUGCCUCUCGAGGAAGUGGCAGCGGACUAUCGCCGUCACUCGUAUCUGGCCAAAGAUUCCGCACGGGCCGUAGUAGCUCCUGCCGUGGCGCCUCCCAUCAAGCUGUACAGCAACGACGGUCCGUUCAUGCAAGCCCAGGAGCGAUUCAGUCGCGACCCGCAGGUCUCGGCGACGCUCUUCGGCCUGUCGCCGCAGGGUCGUGAAUCGCUGCAGCGCGUCGAAGAGAUGCAGAGCGAGUUGCCCGACGUGCCUCCUCAGGGUGUCAUGCGCGAUUCAUCGAUCGAUCAGCUGCCAUACAACGGCAUGCAGGUGCCGCAGAUGAACAAGCUCAUUGUCGAUUCGAGCAAGCUCGCCAAGCUGGACGUGCUGCUGCGCGAGCUCAAGGCGAACGGACAUCGUGUGCUGAUCUACUUCCAGAUGACGAGGAUGAUUGAUCUGAUGGAGGAAUACCUCAUCUACCGGCAGUACAAGUACCUGCGACUGGACGGUGCAUCCAAGAUCUCGGAUCGACGUGACAUGGUGACCGACUGGCAGACGAAGCCCGAGCUGUUCAUCUUUUUGCUGUCGACCAGGGCUGGUGGUCUGGGCAUCAAUCUAACCGCCGCCGACACGGUCAUCUUCUACGACCACGACUGGAAUCCGUCGAACGAUUCGCAGGCGAUGGACCGAGCGCAUCGUCUGGGUCAGACCAAGCAAGUGACUGUCUAUCGACUCAUCACCAAGGGCACCAUCGACGAGCGUAUCGUCCGGCUGGCUCGAAACAAGAAGGAGGUGCAGGAUAUUGUGGUGGGCACCAAGGCGUACAGCGAGACGGGUAUGGCCAAGCCGCAGGAGAUCGUUUCGCUGCUGCUGGACGAUGACGAGCUGGCCGAGUCGAUGCUGCGCAAGAAGCAGGCAGAGGAAGCACAGACGGCUCAGGAGAAGGCCGACCUCGCCCGCGCCUCGCACGCCAAACGCCGAUUGAACAAGGAUCGCGCUGCCGCUGCUGCCCAGUCGCCUGCGCCCGUCGGGUCGGCCUGGUCGCUCGAGGAUGACGAAGACGACUUCUUCGGCGCGCGACCGCCGAGCAAAGGCGACACGGACACGGUCGAAUCGACGCCGCAGCCUCAGAUCAAGAGAAGAGGUGGAGGUGCAGGCGGCUCGAAACGCGGGCGUAUCAGCGAAGCGGCUUCUCCACGUCUGACACCGCUCGAGCUGGACGGCGACACUUCGAUGGCAGGUGGCGAACAGACACCCUCGCCGUCGAAAGGCGCAGCGUCGAAGAGAAAGUCGAAGAGUCAUCGUAAGAAGACGGUGGACGAGUUGGCGGGUGUCGGUCUGGAUUGA